UGCCAUCUCACGAUAGACUCAGAUCCUUGAGAGUUGCGACUGUGUCUUGUUGACUUUCACUUUUGUGACUUUCAACGCUGCAUAGUUGCUUCCACCUAUUCAUUAUGGCGGUAUCCUGGGGGACCAUCAAGUCUCUCCUCCUCUUCUUCGGCCCAAUCCUUCUCCCCAAAGGCAUAGCAUACUACCGCUCCAUACGCGCCGCCCCCUCCAUCCACGGUAUAUCGAUUCGACCAGUUCCCCCGCACGUCUUUCGCGCCCUCACAAUCCUCUUCGUCACAUCGGGCAUCUUCCUCCUCAAGACCAUCCCCAUCUUCAAUCCCGAGAACAUCUUCACCCUCACGCAAUCCCGAAUCCAAACCCCCACCGAUGUCCUCUUCACACGACUAUCCGCCCUGCGCCCAUCAGGCCUUACAGAAACAGACAAUCUCUUGCGAAGUCGAUUAAACAGCCUCGACUCCCGCCUCCUCUUCUUUCAAUUCGGACCCUCCGUCCUUGCAGAAUGCACAUUCUGCAACUCCGACGACCCAAACUCCUACCUCUACUACUCCAUGCCCAGUGUCCUCGCGCCGCACAUAUUCAACCUCUUCGUCCUCGCUCUCGUUACCUCCGGCCUCUUCAUCGGUAAAGAAGGCGCCAUAUGGCGCACCACCGCCACCAUAGGCGCAGCCUGUCUAGCUUUGUUCGAAAUAUACCUCGUGUCUUCGUACAAGCCCCAAGUUAAUGCGCGCGCUACUCGCGCGGAAGACCUCGAUUUUUUCUUCUGGAAAAUGCGAAUGUAUCGCGGUGUAGGUCUUGCUGCUCUCGAUGCGCUGCUUGGCUGGAUGUUGUAUCUGUCCAGCACGAACCGGGCAUUCGUGACGCCGCCUACGACACCCGAACGUAUUGAAUUAUCGACUAGGAUACUGGAUACUGCGAGGGCGAAGCUGAAUGCUACGGGCAUUCUCAGGAACACGAUUUUGAGAGAUGAGGAAUUGAGGGGGAGGAAUGCGGCGUAUUGGGUAAGGGAGGGGCAGGUUAUGGGAAGUGUGAUGGAGGAGAGGGCUGUUGUGGAAGGGGUCAAUAAUGCGCUGGAGAAUAGGAUUGAUAUGGCCAGGAUUUCAGCGGAUGCGGAAGGGUAUGUGACAGGGAUUUUUGCGCCGAUACAGGGAGUUGGUGGGAUGGAUGGUAGUGGAAUAUGAGGAGUAGGAGAUGGAGAGACGCUUUAUGGAUACAUGACUAGAUCAAUAGACAUCUUUUUCUUUUCAGUUCUUGGUCUGGACAUAUGUGCAUAGCGAGGCGUAUAAACUCAAAUUGUUUCGGUCUAUCUGGAUCUUCCUUUAGCUCUACCGAACGAGAGUUUUGAGUCCAGAUGUUAAGUGCUGGGAAGCCUUACUGAGAGAAAAGUUGACGCUAAAUCUCGAAUUCCACCUACGAUCCAAACGAGAAUCGCCCACAUAAUGACUACAAUUUCGGCUGUGUCAGUAUUGAAGAACAAAAGAGACUCUGCAGGCCCAAAGCAAGAGCCAUAGAAGGAAUAUCAGCCAGCACUUCACCACCCUUGGACUGUAGUAGAGCUUAUGGUGCAGUUGCUUUUUCCCUAUCUUCAUCUCGAUACGUAACUCAUUAACGCUUUAACUUUGCUUUCAGUGUUUCGUAUCCGAAAGGCACAUUCCAAAUCUAUCUCAUCCACACAUGCUUGUACUUUGCCUAAAUCUCUACCUCCUAUAUCUGCCCCAAUACGCAACUUCCCUUCGCAAAAAGGCAAAAGAUAGCGCCGCCAAUAACGAACCGAAGCGAAUGAAACAUAUAUCUUCAACCGUUUCUAAAAGGGUUUCUAAGGCGGCAUUUCUGACCAAAAGAAAGAGGUGUCAUUUGAGUUUUGCUUAUUUUUUGCGGCGGUUUUGGUUUCGCUCCUACGGGACUUGAGAUCAACUUUUUGCCGAUGUCUUUCUUUUCCUCUCCUCUUCAAUUCUAAUGAUAGUGGUGCUUCAUGACAGCCAAGUGUUACUC